UCUUAUUAGACACCGCACUUUACUUCACACUUUCAUCUUUUAGCUGCUCGGAUGCCGCAGAACGGCAACAGAAACAGAGACAACACGAUUUUGCCUGACUGCCGCCGAAGGAGAUGGUGCACCCAACUGCUGCCAAAGGAGACGGUGCCCCUCCCUGCCACAGCAGCCAGUCGAAACGGCCCAACAACCAGACCAUGUGAAGAGUCGCAUCUUUUAUUGCCUUAAGCAACAGCUAGUUGUGUUUAAAUGGUUAGCAGUUGCUUCAAUCCACCUUAUUGUCACUUCAUGGGCGAAUUUGAAACUGAGGAGAUGGAGGUAUGUGACGCAGAUGGAGCUCGCAAUAUGGUACCACAGCAUGUAGCAGGGGAAUACCAUUGCUUGGUAUACCCUCGCCACUUCCAAACUGCAGGGAAUUCAGUGCCAUUGCUGAUGCCAGAAGAAAACGCUGUUGUCCAUGCAGAGCUUCCCGAGUGCCAUCAGGAAUAUAAGCUGCAGCAGCAACAACAACAAAAUGCAAUUCAAGAGUCAAAUCACAUCGAUUCGGAGCAGCUACGCAAACGUUUCUUGACUGCAUUUCAGAAAGCAUAUGCUAGUGGCAAGAGACCUGCUGCCAUCAUACCCCCCUUGAACAGGAGGUGGAAAACAGAGGUUGUUCACGAUAGAAGAGGAUUGUCUACUGACCACACAGCUCUACCACAAAACCCGUCUGAUGGGGAGAAUUGUGCUAAUUCAUUGUACAGUGAUACUGACAUUGCCUCCAUAGUGCAAGAUCAUGAAUAUGAUGAUGAUGGUGGUGAAGAAGAAAUAGUCAAUGAAGAAAUACCCGAAGAAGAAAUUGAUUAUGAAGAACAAGAAAUUGAUGAAGAGGAAGAAACGGAAGGAGGAUCCGUGAAUGAAGAAACGGAAGAAGGAUCCAUGGAUGAAGAAACGGAAGAAGGAUCCAUGGAUGAAGAAACGGAAGGAGGAUUCGUGAAUAAAGAAACGGAAGAAGGGUUAAUGAAUGAAGAAACAGAAGAAGGGUUAAUGAAUGAAGAAAUAGAAGAAAGAUUAAUGAAUAAAGAAAUAGAAAGAGGAGGAGGAGGAUUAAGGAAUGAAGAAGAAGAAGAAGAUUUAAGGAAUGAAGAAAUAGAAGAAGAUUUAAUUAAUGAAGAAACUGAAGGAGGAGGAAUAGUGAAUGAAGAAAUCGAAGGAGGGGAAAUAUUGGAUGAAGAAACUGAAGACGGCAUAAUGAAUAGAGAAGUAGUAGAAGGAGGAAUAAUAGGUGAAGAAGAAAUUUAUUUUGAAGAAGAAGAAGAAAUUUAUUUUGAAGAAGAAAUUGAUGAUAAAGAAAUAAUGAAGGAGGAAGUCGAAGGAUUAGAGAAUGAAAAAACAGAAGAACAAGAAGAGGGAUUGAUGAAUGAAGAAAUUGAAGAAGGAAUAACAAACAGAGAAGUUGUAGCAGGAGGAAUAACAAACAGAGAAGUUGUAGCAGGAGGAAUAACAAAUGGAGAAGUUGUAGCAGGAGGAAUAACGAAUAAAGAAGUUGUAGCAGGAGGAAUAACGAAUAAAGAAGUCAUAGCAGGAGGAAUAACGAAUAAAGAAGUUGUAGCAGGAGGAAUAACAAAUGGAGAAGUCGUAGCAGGAGGACUAAGGAACAGAGAAGUUGCAGCAGGAGGAAUAAGGAAUGGAGAAGUCGUAGCAAGAGGAAUAAGGAAUGGAGAAGGAAUAAAUAACAGAGCAGUCGUGGGAGGAGUUAUAAGGAAUGGAGUAGUUGUACGAGGAGGAAUAACGAGUAGAACAGUUGUAGGAGAAGCAAUAACAAAUGGAACAGUUGGAGGAGGUGGGAUAACGAAUGGAGUAGCCGUAGGACGAGGAAUAAGGAAUUUAGUAGUCAUAAGAGGAGGAAUAAAGAAUUUAAUAGUCGGAGGAGGAGGAGUAACAAUUCAAGUAGUCAGAGGAGGAGGGACAGCGAACGGAGCAGAGCUUAAGCCACCACCAAUCAUCCUACACAUCAAGGACCACUACAGAUAUUUCCUACAGUUACUUAAAGAGUGGACAACAGAGGACUUCAGUGUGAGAACUGCAGGUAAAGACCUCAUCCGGGUCAAUUUCUGUAACAUUGCGGACUAUAAAAGAGUCGAGAGUGAAGCAGCAGCACGUCAAAUUCUGUUUUACACUCAUACUACCCACUCGGACAAAGUCAUCACAGCAGUCUUCCGUGGGCUACCACAUACUUUUCAGCCACAUCACUUGUGGAAGGAACUGGAAGAGCUUGGAUUUGCUGUACACUUUGUGGUGCGCAUGAAAUAUCCAAAGACAGGGAGGGAAAUGCCUCUAUUUCUGGUUGUAGUUCCUGAGACCCCACAGAACAGGAAAAUUUUUAGCAUCACGCUGAUUGCCAACACAAUCAUUAGUGUGGAAAACCUGAAGAGAAGGCGGGGUGGCCCUCGAUGUUCCCGAUGCCAGGCCAUUGGACAUAUGGCACACCAUUGUUCACAGCUUGACAUUUGCAUCCAGUGUGCCAGUGAACAUCAAAGCCAGAAAUGUCUGCUCCCCGGAAAAAAAGCACUGAAGUUCAUGAACUGUGGGGCUCACCAGCAUGAAGUACCUUACAGCCAGCCUAAGCAAGAGAAGGCUAACCAUUCUGUCUGCCAUCUAGGUCCAACCGCACUGCCACAUGUGGACCUCAUUAGUGAUGUUAGCAAAGCAAAGCUGCUGUCCUCAUCAGACACAAGCUUUAUGGGCCCAACAGCCAACAGAUGUGGGCAGACCCAUGCCAAAAAGCGUAUGUCUGAAUUACAGCUUGACAGUGCACCAAAACAGAAGCUGCGAUGUCCACAUGCCGCGGGGGAGGCAGAACAGGAGGGUUUGGUCUUCACCUCCAUGGGCCAGAAUAGUUCCAGAAAUGGCACCAGCUAUUUCAAAGGUGAAGAUAGUGUUCAUGCUGAAGGCUCCAACUGCACUGACAUAAUGCACAGCAACAGCUUUACCACUGCUGAACAGCUUUCAGAUAUACCUAGACAGUUUGCCCUGCUGGAGGAGACAAUCAGGAAUCUCCCACAACGGAUUUAUGCUGCUGUAAAGAUGGCUGUGGAAACAGGUAUGCUGCCCGCUUCCCAACAAUCAGCAGACUGA